AUGUCAAAGCCAUCGAUUACGUUAUUAUGGCUUUUCGUUCUCAGUCUGGGUAUAUGCCAGCUUAUGGCCAACCAGGAAGCCAAUCGACCAAUUCAAUGUGGUCCCCUCGAAUGUGACUGGCGGCAGAAUCCCUUGUGCCGAUGUGAGUCAUUUUGUGUGGAUUUUAGUACUCGUUGCUGGAAAUUGCCCACAGGUUGCCAUUGCCAACGAGGCUAUGCCAGAAAUGCACAAGGAUAUUGUGUUCCUUUGGCUAUGUGCAGAUGA